GAAUCAUCCUCAGUGCUAUGUAGGUCAGCUCUUGUGACUUGAGGCUCAAGGAGGUCAACUCCACUAACUUCGGAUCUGUAACUUUAAAUUCUCUAUUGUGUGUACAAUUAAUUCAAUACGCAAUAGUGACUACAUAGUCCUACAUCUAGAUUUCUAUCUACUAGAAUCUGGAUAUUGAAAGUGGAAUAUUACUCUAACUAAAGAAAAAAAUGGCUUCUGUAACUUCUUUGGUACAUAGAGGUCAUGGCGCAUAUGAGCCUCCUGACAUGGUUAACCUGCCUUUCUCAGCUCACAUACCUGGGGGUCUAAUUGUUGGCACAGAAAUCAUUAUUACUGGCAGGACUGACCCUAAAUUUGAUAAUUUUAGUGUAAAUCUGUGCUAUGGCCAUAAUCUUGAUAGCAACACCCCACUUCACUUUAACCCAAGAUUUGGAAGCAAAGUUGUGGUUAGAACUCACAGGUUAAAUGGAAAAUGGCAGACAGAGGAAAGAAGUGGUGGAUUUCCAUUUGCCCAGGACAGUAAUUUUGAGAUCAGAAUUGAAGUGAAACAAUAUGAAUUUGCGAUCUAUGUAAAUCAUCUCCAGUUCUGUACUUUCAAACAUCACCAGUGUAAAGAAUCGGUCCAGUAUAUCUACAUUAAUGGCCAGAUUUUGAUUCAUGAUCUGCAGUUGCGAGGAGGACAAGUGCGUUAUGAUGGAAAGUACUCUCAACCAACCUCAAAGCCACCAGAGUAUUCACCUUACCCAACAGGAGUUUUAAGCUACCCUGUCAGCAAUGGACCAAUCAUGAUUCCACCAGUUCCAUUUACAACAGCCAUCCCUGGGGAAGUGAUUCCAGGUAGACUUAUUUUCAUUAAAGGUGCUGCCUAUUCCAAACCCACAAGAUUUACAAUAAACCUGGCUUGUGGUCCACAUGAUUCAUACAACUUUCCCUUGCACUUUGAUGUCAGAUUUGCAUUUGGGAGUGACAGGAAUCAGGUUGUGAGAACCCACAAACAAGGAGGAUCUUACGCUACAGAAGAGAGACAUCAGGAAUAUUUUCCCUUUUUUCCUUCUGCCACAUUUGAACUGAUGAUCCUGGUGGAGAAGAAUAGCUUUAAGAUUGCUGUGAACAACAAACACUUCACUGAGUUCAUUCACAGAAUCCUGCCCAUACAGAGGACCACCCAUGUCAUGGUGCUCGGUGAUGUUCAGCUGCAUGAGGUUCGAUUCCAGUGAGGUCCAACCUGCCUCUGGUCAAACUACUCAUCAUGGUUGGCAGCCAUUCUGUGUAGAGCCAAGCUAAUGUUUGCAUAGUUAUAAUGGAACAUAAUGUUAUUGUUUGUCUUUUCCUGAUAUGAACACCUUUGGACUCUGAUGCACAUUAUGACAAGAUGGAUGUACAUCUUGAUGUUAGUUUUAUUUGUUUCCUUGACUUUGCAAAUCAUAGAAAUCCUCCACCAAACUUCAAGAAAUCUGAAGUAAUUAUUAUUAGCUAAAAUCAUAAACACCACUGCUGUGGGUAACUAACUAUAGAAAUUAAUGGAAAUAGAAUUAUUUAUUUGAUGCUAUGAAAAUAUACAUAAAAUACUACCUAGAAGUAAUCAGAAACUAAUUAUAAAUAAUUUGUUGAAGAAUGAAACUAUUGUGGACAACUGAAGAUAUAGAAAGCUUCAACUAAAUAUAGUUGAAAAUGAAUAUUGAACUAAUUUUGAUAACAAGAUUCUGUUACUUUGCUCUGCUGUUUCUUGUUUUUAUUUUUUUUUUCUUGUCAUGAGAUUAUAUUUAUUUCUGUUAAUGGUAGCUUACAUUUAUUUACACACUUAGAAGUUUCUUAAGUUAAUGAGGACUAAUUUAAAGUAAUGGAAACAAUAGGAGGCCAAACAUUUUAAGCAAACAUUUUUCAUAAUAUUUAGUCGGAUCUGAUUUUAAUCUUUUACAUUGUACAUCAGCUGUUGUAAUUGUUUGUUUCUUUUUUAUUAGCUCUCUACUUUAGUAUUUGUCACAGAAACAUUCUGUAAGAGAUGGAAACUGUAGGCAUUAUGUGUCACACACACACUGACCAUCCCCUACGUCAAUAUCUUCAACUGACAUUGAAAGAGCUAAUGAUUUUCAGUGAUUUUUUUGUGUAGGGAAUCAGUAGAUUUUGAUUUGUCACAUGAACUCAGAUUUUACUUCUGGUAUUGAAUAUGUGUAAAACAAGUAUCAUAACAUAUUGUCUGAAUUAUUUGUACACAGGUGUUGUGAUUAUACCAAUUUUAUCAUCUUAAUAUCUAUGACUUGUUUUAAUGGUUUACAGUUUUAUUGAUGGUGGAUUGCUUAUGGUUUAAACUACAGACAUAAAAAAUUAAGUCUUUUUUUUUUUGGCAGUGACAUUGAAUGUCAACUUUCUUGAAGUACAUUUAAGAAAGAAAGAUUUCUGUUUGUAUUAAAAGGGGCCUGCUGCUCUUAGUAUCAGUGAGCUAUCUAGAGCAGGGGUGGGCAAAUUACGGUCUGUGGGUCACAUGCAGCCCGCCAAAGUGUUUUAUGCGUCCCGUGGACACCUAAAGAAUUCAGGUGUACCCAAACAUUACACAAAUAUAAAAAUGCAAAUAUAUAUUGUAAAUAUCUUUAAUUUAUUAAAACUUUUGAUUCUUAUCACUUAUAAUGAAGAGGCUAAAGAAACAAUGUCUCUAAACGUCAUUAUAAAAAGUUGAAGACAGACUUCAUGUUUAUCAUCGGAAGCAUUGCAACAUGUUGUUUGCACAUGAAAUGUAUGUGCAUCUUAAAUCUUUUCAAACAAAGCUAUUCCAUUUCUUUAGGCCAGCAAGUGAAAUCAGGUUUUCUCACUUUCAAUGGUAAAAGGUGAAACUAUUUUUAGUGAAAUGGUUGAAAAGUACAAGACUUAUUUGGAUUCCUUGAUUGUGGAAUUUGAAAGACUUCCAGAACUUGGAACCAGUUUUCAAUACCUUCAGCUUACGAUCUAGUGCAGAAGCUGAUUCAGCUCCAGAGGAAAUACCUCCAAGCAAAUUAUGAUCUAAAAAAGAAGUUCAAGCCAGUUCUUUCGCGGGAGUUUAAAAAAACAACUUUGCUGUGAAACUUUCACAUUAUUUGGAACCACAUUCAUCUGUGAACAAACCUUUUUUUUGUUUGAAAAUUGUCAAGUGUUAGAACAAAUCAAUGAUGAUUGACUGUAAUUGACAGUAGUCACAAGAAAAACAACAACUAGUUAGCUAGUUCCAAGAUUCUGGAAAAUUAUGCAAGAGAGUAAACAGUUAUAUACUUUAUAUUAAGUACUACUAUACAUUUAUGGUGAAAUUUUGUGAUCUAAACUGGCAAUAGGUAAAUAAAAAAAAAAAAUGCAUAAAAUUAGUUCAAGAAAUUGCUAACUCUUGAUGUAAUCCCUCAGUUGUGCAAUAUAUAUAUUAUUUAUUUAUAUAUAUGCAGCCCCAAAUUUUUUUGAAUGUGGCCCUCGGUAGAAAAAGGUUGCCCACCCCUGAUGUAGAGAAAUAAGAGGAAGGCGGCUCAAACCACAGUAAACAAAAUAGCUUUAUAUUUGUUGUUGCUGCUUCUUUUACAUUUUUUUCCCCAAUAUAAUAGUGCUGGCAAUAUUAUAUAGGCAUAGACAUGCAUUUAAAACAAAAUUGGCUUUAUUUUUUCCUGUCUUCAUGCUUUUUUUGUGUGUGUAGAAUUGGGGGGGGGGGGGGGGGUUUGUUGAUAUUGUUUUUAAUCUAUAAAUAAAAAAUAAGAUUGGGUCUUGGAAUGAAACACAAUUCAUUGCACAAUAUUUAUUAACCUGCAUUUAAAACUAGUGAAAUAAUUUCAUUUGCAAUCAGUUACAUCUUUGCUUUCCUUAAGUGGAACCAAUCAUUUGUUUGGACAACAUUUACUGUCUACUAAUUAGUAUAGGCCACUUAGAAAUGACCCAAAAAAAAGUUAAAAUCUAGUAAAUCUUAACACUGUAUUGAUGUUUGCAAAGAUUUUCUGACAUCUGGUUAAAAAAUAGACAUUUGCUUUAUUCUCGGAUCAUUACCUCUAGAUAUUCCAACAGUGUUGACAUAGACAUAUUGAAUUGGAUUUGUUUAAGUUCUAUAUACACAGUAGAAAGCAACAGAGGGUACUCACACUUGUUGAACAUGUUACAAGUUUUACUCAUAAUCAUCUGUAGUAGCAUAUGAUGUAAAGCUCAUCUGUUUCUAUGGCUGACAGUAAACUAGGGUGUCAGAUGGCCAGCACAAUGACCAACCACCUUUGCUUUCUCUAAUAUUUGUCAUUAGCCUUUUAGAGUUUGGUGGACUCAAGGGCAUCCUUAAAAUCUGGUAUAGUUCAGAAUCCCAGUUUUACCAAUAUUCUAACUCAAGACCACUUAGCCACCAUCCCCCCCCCCCCCCCCCCCCCCCAUCAUGAUUAUUAGUACUAGCUAGAAAAAUAAUUCUUUAUAACUACAAUUUAUAAUUAUUUUUUUCUAUUGACAUUUUCUUUUCUCAAACUAAGGUUUUGUUGGGGGUAGUAGUUGAAUAUUGUUAGGCCAACUUUGAUUUAAUGUCUAAAAAAUCAUUUUCUAUUAUCUGUGCCAUUGAAUUUCAUUUAAAUGGUUUGAUCAGAGAUCUGCAUUGUAGUCCAUAGAAUGGAAUGUAUACAUGACAUUUGGUAUAUUUAUGAACUUUUAGUGACUGAGUAGAAUUUUUUAAAAUGUUAAAGUUGAAAAAGUUAUUUUAAUCUUCUGUUUUAGCUCAUCAGUAUACCAGGUACAUAGUUAUAUAAACCUUUUAGUAUAUAGAGAUUCAGAUUUAGCUUGUACAAUGGUCUGGGGGCAUGUCAGAGCCUAUUGUAAAGAUUUAGCUUUAGUUCAUUAAAUGGUCUGGAACUGAGAAUUCUGUAGGGCGUAGAAGCAUGAACUCUGUAUUAUUGUUCAAUACAUUGGACUAGCAAUGUCACAUUCUGUGAUGGCAAUGUCCAGAACUGAAGACAAUAUUAUUUGGUGUUUUCAAUAUGAAGUGAAGACAGUCACAUUCUUUAAAAAUCAAAUGGCCAAGUGUUUUAUUGAUUAUGUGAGUUAAUGUAAUAUAGCAUUAUGUGGACAGCACACAAUGUACAUCAAUCAGUCCAUUAUUUUAACAUUGUAGUAAUGUUUUUACUUGUCAUGUUCUCCUGUUGUUGCCUUGUGUAACCCAGUUAGAUACACCCAGUGACAAAUGUUGUCUCUAUAUAGUUUUUAACAAUGGUCUGAUUAAAAGAAUGUUAAUCUUUAA